AUGUUGGCCUCAGUGAUGCUUCUGGUGGCUCUCCUGGCCUUCCUGAGUAUAAUGGUUCUGAGGUCCACCUGGCAGCGGAGAAAGUUCAGAAAGCUGCCUCCUGGACCCACCCCACUGCCCUUCAUUGGAAACUAUCUGCAGCUGGAUACAAAACAUCUGUACAACUCCAUUAUGAAGAUCAGCAAGCACUAUGGCCCUGUGUUCACCAUCCACCUGGGCACUCGCUGGAUCGUGGUUCUAUGUGGAUAUGAUGCAGUGAAGGAGGCUCUUCUGGACCAGGCUGAGGAUUUCAGUGGGAGAGGCGAGCAGGCCACCCUCAACUGGAUUUCUGAGAGCUAUGGUGUAGCGUUUGCCAAUGGGGAGCGAGCCAAACAACUCAAACGCUUCUCCCUUUCAACUUUACGGGACUUUGGCAUGGGGAAACGUGGCAUUGAGGAGCGCAUCCAGGAAGAGGCUGGCUUUGUUGUUCAAGCACUGGAGAAUACAGGUGGCACCUUCAUAGAUCCCACCUUGUACAUGAACCAAGCAGCCUGCAAUAUCAUCAGCUCCAUUAUCUUUGGGGACCGCUUUGACUAUGAGGACAAAGAGUUCCUUUCACUGAUGGGCAUGAUAUUCAAAACCUUCCAGUUCAUAUUUACCUCCAAGGGACAGCUCCUUGAGAUGUUCACUUCAGUGAUGAGGUGCCUGCCUGGACCACAGCAAGAGGCCUUUAAGAACCUGCAUGGUUUGAAGAAUUUUGUAGUUAAGAAGGUGGAGGAGAACCAGCACACACUGGAUCCCCAUGCUCCAAGGAACUUCAUUGACUCCUUUCUCAUCCGCAUGCAAGAGGAAAAAAAUAGUCCCAACUCAGAGUUUUGCAUGAAGAACCUGGUGAUGACCACAAUGAACUUCUUCUUUGGGGGCACAGAGACUGUCAGCACAACACUUCGCUGUGGUUUCCUACUGCUCAUGAAGCACCCAGAUGUGGAGGCUAAGAUCCAUGAAGAGAUUGACCAAGUGAUUGGCAGGAACCGAAAGCCCAAGUAUGAGGACCGGGUCAAGAUGCCCUACACAGACGCUGUGAUCCAUGAGAUUCAAAGAUUUGCAGACUUGGUACCAAUGAGCCUGGCACACAGGGUCACCAAAGACACCAACUUUCGGGGUUUCCUCAUCCCCAAGGGCACUGAAGUGUUCCCCAUGCUGGGAUCUGUGUUGAAAGAUCCCAAGUUCUUCCCCAACCCUGGUGAUUUCAACCCACAACACUUCCUGGAUGAGAAGGGGCAGUUUAAGAAGAGUGAUGCUUUUAUACCUUUUUCCAUAGGAAAGCGGUCCUGCAUUGGAGAAGGCCUUGCUAAAAUGGAGCUCUUCCUCUUCCUCACCACCAUCCUGCAGAACUUCCACAUCAAGUCCCAGCAGGCACCUCAGGACAUUAACAUAUCUCCUCCUCAACAAGGGGCUUUCACUGCCAUCCCAAGUAACUAUAAAAUGAGCUUCCUGUCCCGCUGA